AUGCGAGGUGGAUUUGAUAUAAUGAACUUGGUUACAUUUCCAAAUGACUCCUUCCUUAAAGUGAAAGUUGGAUGGGUGGGUCCCAAUGCUCUUGAAGGAAAAGAAUUCAUCAUUAAUGAGGACAGGAUUGUUUGGCACAGGGGCUAUAAUCAGGUCCUGCCAACUUCUGUUUGUACAGAUUCCUGCCAGCCUGGAUAUCGGAAGAGAAAGGUGGAAGGGCAGAAGUUUUGUUGCUAUGAUUGUAUUCCAUGUCCAAAAGGGAAGAUUUCAAACCAAACCAACACUGAUGACUGUUCUGAAUGCUCAAAAGAUCUGUACCCAAAUAAGGAGCGAAAUGAAUGCAUCCCAAAAGUCAUCAGCUUUCUGUCCUAUGAAGACCCCUUAGGGAAAAAUUUAGCUUCUGUUGCUGUUUCUUUUUCCUUGAUCACAGUCUUGGUGCUGCAAACCUUUAUUAAGCACAGAGAUACCCCAAUAGUCAAAGCCAACAAUCGGGGCCUCACCUACACUCUCCUCAUCUCUCUCCUGCUCUGCUUCCUCUCUUCCUUCCUAUUCAUUGGCCAACCUGGGAAACUGAACUGCUUUCUCCAACAACCAGCGUUCGGUUUGAUCUUCUCCGUAGCUGUUUCUAGUGUGUUGGCCAAAACCAUUACUGUAGUUGUAGCUUUCAUGGCCACUAAGCCAGGUUCUAAUAUGAGAAAGUGGGUGGGAAAAAGACUGGCCACCUCCAUUGCGCUAUCUUGCUCCCUCAUUCAAGUUGGCAUUUGUGUUGCAUGGCUCACAACCUCUCCCCCAUUCCCAGAUUUAGACAUGCAUUCAGUCCCUGAAGAAAUCACUGUGCAAUGUAAUGGAGGUUCUGCCAUCAUGUUUUAUCUUGUCCUAGGCUACAUGGCACUUCUGUCCAUCAUCAGCUUCUCUGUGGCUUUCUUAGCCAGGAAUUUGCCAGAUACCUUUAAUGAAUCCAAGUUUAUCAUCUUCAGUAUGCUGAUGUUCUGCAGUGUUUGGUUGACUUUUGUUCCAGCCUACCUGAGCACCAAGGGGAAAUAUAUGGUAGCAGUGGAGAUCUUCUCCAUCUUAGCUUCCAGUGCUGGGUUGUUAGGCUGUAUCUUUUUCCCAAAAUAUUACAUUCUUCUCUUCAAGCCUGAGAUGAACAACAGGGAGAAGAUAAUGGGGAGGAAGAAUUGA